CACGUGUGGGAGGGAGAAAACGCACAUUUUCUAGAAAUUUCAGAGGCACGAAAUUUCAUCAGACCUCCUGAAAAUUGCAUUUAGUGCUGAUUUACCGCAAAGUUUUGUGUUGUAGCCACACCAAAUCUCUUCUUUGAUCACCAAGCACCCAGUAAAAGAUAAAGAUGUAUCGCCUUCCCAAUGUUGUCAGAAUGGCUGCAGCUCGCCAGCUGUACGUCCGGAACUACGCCAAGGAUGUGCGUUUUGGGGCUGAUGUCCGGGCAACUAUGCUGAAGGGCGUGGACAUCCUCGCUGAUGCUGUGGCCGUGACGAUGGGCCCCAAGGGGCGCAAUGUCAUCCUGGAGCAGAGCUAUGGGUCACCAAAGAUCACCAAGGACGGUGUCACAGUGGCCAAGGGGAUUGAAUUGAAGGAUAAAUUCCAGAAUAUUGGCGCUAAGCUCGUUCAGGAUGUGGCCAACAAUACGAAUGAGGAAGCUGGAGAUGGCACAACCACAGCCACAGUCCUGGCACGUGCAAUCGCCAAGGAAGGCUUUGAAAAGUGCUCAAAGGGCGCCAAUCCCGUUGAGAUUCGUCGUGGUGUGAUGCUGGCUGUGGAUUCCGUCAAGAGCAGCCUCAAGGCAAUGUCCCGGAAUGUCACAACACCCGAAGAGAUCGCCCAGGUGGCCACAAUCUCCGCCAAUGGGGACAAAGCCGUGGGUAAUCUCAUCAGCGAGGCAAUGAAGAAAGUCGGUCGGGAUGGUGUGAUUACCGUGAAGGAUGGCAAAACCCUCCAUGAUGAGCUGGAAGUGAUUGAAGGUAUGAAAUUCGAUCGUGGCUACAUCUCCCCCUACUUCAUCAACAGCGGCAAGGGGGCCAAAGUGGAAUUCCAGGAUGCUCUCGUGCUUCUGUCUGAGAAAAAAAUCUCCUCCAUUCAAUCCAUCAUUCCUGCCCUGGAAUUGACCAAUUCUCAGCGUAAACCCCUCGUGAUUAUCGCUGAGGAUGUCGACGGAGAAGCUCUGAGCACUCUUGUGGUUAAUCGCUUGAAGAUUGGUCUGCAAGUAGCUGCCGUGAAGGCUCCUGGUUUCGGGGAUAAUCGCAAAUCCACCCUCCAGGACAUGGCCAUUGCCACCGGAGGUAUUGUUUUUGGGGACGAUGCGAAUCUCGUGAAGAUUGAGGAUGUUCAGGUGUCUGAUUUUGGGCAAGUGGGUGAAAUUGUCAUCACAAAAGAUGACACACUCGUCCUCAAGGGUAAGGGGAAGAAGGAUGACGUCGACAGGCGCUCUGAACAGAUUCGCGAUCAAAUUGAGGAAACUUCCUCGGAGUAUGAGAAGGAGAAGCUCCAGGAGCGACUGGCUCGCCUGGCUUCCGGAGUGGCGGUGCUCAAAGUUGGUGGCUCCAGCGAAGUGGAGGUUAAUGAGAAGAAGGAUCGCGUGAAUGAUGCCCUCAAUGCUACAAGAGCUGCCGUUGAGGAGGGAAUUGUUCCCGGAGGUGGUACUGCCCUACUUCGAUGCAUCCCUGCCCUGAAAGACCUCAAAGGAGCCAAUUCUGACCAGAACACUGGAAUUGAGAUCGUGAAGGGUGCCCUGAGGAUGCCGGCAAUCACGAUUGCAAAGAACGCUGGCGUCGACGGUGCUAUGGUCGUGGCAAAGGUUGAAGAGCAAACCGGAGACUUUGGCUACGAUGCAAUGAACAACGAAUACGUGAAUAUGAUUGAGAAGGGAAUCAUUGAUCCCACAAAGGUUGUCCGGACGGCACUUACGGAUGCCGCUGGUGUUGCUUCCCUGCUCACGACAGCUGAAGCUGUGGUGACGGAAAUCCCGAAGGAAGAACCCCCAAUGGGCGGUAUGGGUGGUAUGGGUGGUAUGGGAGGAAUGGGUGGAAUGGGCGGUAUGGGGGGAAUGAUGUAAAAAAAAAUAAAAACCCAAGGAAACUUCCUCACGCGAAGACUAAAAUUCCACACACAACUGAGAUCACGAGACGGGGAGCUCCAAAGCGCCCCAGUGUUCAUCAACAUACAUAAAAAUAAUUAAUCUUAAGAAGCAUUUUUUUCUAUCUAAAGCGCUAAAAGAAAAUAAUAUUAAUUUCAAACCCAAAGUGUAAAAAAAAGAAAUUAAUCCAAAAAUUUAUCACUUUUUUGGAAAAAUCUUCUCAGUGGGGGAGAAUUUUGAAUUUUCUUUUUUUCUUUUGUAUUUCGCAUUAAGUUUUCUUUCGUAGAAAAAAAAAGUAUCUCAGAGAAAAAAUGAGCCACGAACUGAUUUAAUUGUUUCUUUGUCAUUUUCAAUUAAUUAAUUCACAUUUCUCCGGGACAGUUGCCAUUUUUUCGUCUCGUUCUGAAUUAAUUAAAUGAGAAUUAGAUUUUUUUGGCGGCCUUUUCCACGGAAUUUUCCGCAAUUUUCUCACAAUAAUCGAGAGACAAAAUAUUGUGAAUAAAAAAGCACGACUGGAUGUGAAAAAUGAUCAAAGAAAAAACUUUGCAAUGCAUUUAUUUUUAUAAGCUGUUGAAGGAUUUUUUAUGUUGUUUCGGGGAAAUUGCGGAGAAAAGCGUUGGAAAAGUGCGGGUGGAAUCAUUUUUUUUAUAAUAAAAAAUAAAUCCAUUAAAAGGUACGGCUAGAGGACAAAAAUAUAGGUAGAAUAUUGUGAAUUUAGGUGUUACAUGGUAGUAAAUACAUUCGAAACAAUUUUUAGAAAA